UUCCGCUUAGCAUGUCACCAGCUUCUCGCGUCACCAGCUGAACGCGACUCCAGCUGCUCGCAUGUCCCUAAACUCAUCUCAUGCGCUGCGAACCGCGAGCCUCACACGCCAUUUCGCCAUUUCCCCACUUCUCCCUAUCACUUCCCCUGGUGCUCACCCCCGUGCUCAAG